CUUCCUGUAUCUAUCAGAUGAGUCACCUGUGCAAUGUCGUCUAUUGCUCGGGUUUUCGUCGACAUCAAACAGGUAAAUCUCUUGUUAGAGUUUCAGAGUUGUGAGUGAUCAGACCCGCCUGGAGAGCAUUGGUGGAAGUUUUUAAACCAUUUCUGGGAGAAUAACAGGAGGUCUGGAGCGACUUUCACGUCAUUUGACUUCAGUUUGAUUUGUGAGAAGAAGCGGUGUUGUUUUGCCCCUUUUGCGGCCUAAACACACCUUGAAGAAGUUGACUUUAAAAAAAAUAAUAAUACGUGGUGUUUUUAUUCUCUACAGACUUUGCUGUGAUUACAGGUGAUCUCUGGAUUAGUGUGGAAAUCUUUACAGGACUGUUAAAAUGAAUUCACUCUUUAAAGGACGAUUGGGUGCGUCUGCACUCCUGCUCCUAAUGUUACUUCUGGACUCCACUUUUGGCCAGGAGACUGGUGAGAAAUGCUUAGCCCGAUUCAAGAAAGGUCGGGAGGAUUUUAUUCUCGAUGCCGAUGAAUCUGUGAAACGCGGAGCGACGUUCAUUUCGUCUCCGCAACUGGUUCGAUACAAGGAUUGCGUGAGCGCCUGCUGCAAAGAGCCGAAGUGCAACGUCGCCUUCAUGGAGAGAGGAGACGAGGAAGGCUUGGUUAACAACUGCUUUCUGUUUGAUUGUCUGCACAAAAAGAAAUACGUCUGCCGCUUUGUUGGGAAGACAGGAUAUAUGAAUUACAUCCUGGAACCCGUGCAUGAGAGUUCUCUUCAAGUGGAUGUUCCUCCAAAUGAAUCUGACCGUCCGCCGGUGGCCAAUGGAGGCCAGGACCUGGUGGUCCAGCCUCAAGACAGCGUGAUACUGAAUGGCAUAGGGAGCAAAGAUGACAAGGGGAUUGCGUCUUUCCACUGGCAAAUGCUCACUGUAUAUCCUCACGCUGUCAUUGAGAAAACCAGCUUUGAUGACCAGAUUAUCGUGUCCAAUCUGACAUCUGGGAUUUACAAAUUCCAGCUGACCGUCAUAGACACCAUUGGCCAGUCAGACUCAACCAAGGUCACGGUCUUGGUCCUUACUCCUGAGCAGUCUGAGCACCACUGUAUGGUUCCAAAGAAGGUUGGGCCGUGUCGCAGUGCUUUCCCUCGCUGGCAUUACAAUGCUGCCUCAGAGAAGUGUGAGCAGUUCACCUGGGGGGGCUGCAGGGAGAAUCUCAACAACUAUGUUACCAUGGAAGAAUGCAUUAAGGCCUGCUCUAGCUCAGAAAAAGGAAGUAUAGCUGGUAGAGGUUUGCCAAUUCCCGCGCCUCAAGGAGAAAAAUGUGGUGCUGCGUGUACCACAGACCAGUUCACCUGUGCAAAUGGCUGCUGUUUGGAUCCAGGCCUAGAGUGUGACUCAACCCCACAAUGUAGCGACGGCUCAGAUGAGCAGAAAUGCGAGGACUUGGAAAACAAGUUUCAGAUUCUGCUGCAGAUUCCAGUGAAUGAAAAAAAAGUGCGCUGCACAGAGUUUCCUGACACAGGAACCUGCAGGGACAGUAUCAGCAAGUGGUAUUACAACCCCUUACAAAAGGACUGCUUACGCUUCAACUACGGCGGCUGCCAAGGCAAUGAGAACAGAUUUGACUCUAGAGAAGCCUGUAUCGCAGUUUGCUGGGGAAUAACAGGUACUGUAGCGAUAGCUGCCCUCCUUGGUGUAGCUAUCUUCAUCCUCCUAGCCAUCCUGGUGUACUGCCUGAUGAAGGGAAAGAAGAAGUCUUCACAACACCAACGUGUGCCCGUCAACACCGCCCCGGUCACCUUGGAGGACAGAGAGCGUCUGGUCUACAAUAGCACCACCAAGCCCAUCUGACACCUCAGUCCUCACCUUUGACCCCUUGUCCUAGUGGUGAAUGACACUGGUUUUGGAGCUGUGUUGUACACUGAACAAACUCGCAUUGAUGGGAGGAAACAAUGUCCGUUGACUAAGUUUGAUCUGUUUUUUUAUUUUGUCCAUAUAUGGAUGUAUUUUGCAAGGGUGAUUUACACAGAAGGCAAAACGUCUUCAAUGAUGAGAUGUGAUUUUUAGCUCGUUUUUAAUGCAGAGGCCUGUUAAAAUGAGUUGUCGGAUAUCACUUUUUACUCAAGGAUUUUCAUUAGUGUGGAGGUAGAAUACCAUUGGAUAUCAUACACAUUGUUCCCAUGAGACCAGUUUAAAUUCAUAAAUAUUUUCUACUUUGUUGUACUUCCUUCAAUUAAAUGAUCUGAUAUUGUCAGUGAACAUCUCUUUUUGUAACAAAGCCAGUUGUAAUGUCAGACCCUUAAUUGUCAGUAGGUCCACAUUGGCUUGCUACUUCAAAGUAAGAGUCUAGAUUCCCUUGGUCUUCUUAAAACGGAGCUCUGGGAAAUUUUGUGGAUAAUUAAAGUUAAAUGGUGAUCCCUUCAACUUCCUCAAGUCCUGCCACGCCAGCGUCAGAUUUAUUUUUAUCCUUAUCCUUAUUUUUAUACACCGUUGUUACAUUGGAUUAUACCUACAUGCGUAAUGUUGUACAUAAUCUUAGAAUUUUGAGAAAAUAAUAUUUUACUUGAGAAGGUUAUUUUAUCAAUGAUUUUUCAAAAGUGUUUUUAGAACAAGCGUAAUGCAUACAUUAAAUAAUGCUUAUUGGUACCUUUUUAUGAAGCAGCAUUGCUGUUGAAUAUUCAAUAUUUUAAAUGUAUAAAAUGUUUGUACAUACGAUGUGAUAUAGGUUUCUGUAACUUUAGUAGAAUCGUGAUGUUUAUAGGCUACUAAAUAAAAAUAUUAGCUCAAAAGGUA